GAUGGCAUUACCAAAGACAGUAGGAUAUGUGGUUGUUCUUCUGGUUUUAUGCACCAGUCUGGAGAAUCAGGGAUACAUACAGUGUCUGGAUGUUUUUUCUCAGGAAUCACUGAGUUCAAAAACAUCCUCCAUUCAUGCCAGAGAAAAACGACAAAUGUGGACUGUUUCAACUCCAGCCUCCUUAAAUUCCAUGGAUUAUGAGGUCCAGGCUGUUAUAAGGAUCUCAGACGUGGAGAAUAUCCGACUGAUUCUGGCCACGCUCACGUUUCCUUUACAGAUCGACAACUCCACAGAAAUUACAAACACUGAGACCACAACAGUGUGUUCAGUACAUACGACUGGAUACCAGUGCACGUGUGAGGAGAGCUUUGCUUGGUCGUAUAACAGCUGCAUUAACCAUGAGGCCUGUGAUGCCAUCGUUGGUGACACAUGUGGAUGCAUUAAUGGCCUCCCAGCAGACGGCCAGUACUGCCAGUCAAACACCACGGAGUUUCGCAAACCAGGAAAAUGUGGUAAAGAUGGCCUUUUACAUGCUCCACUGGGACUCUAUGAAUGUCAGCUGAAACGGGCAGAUAAUUCAAUUUUCCGACAAAGGUCCAAUGGAGUCUUCAGUCACAAAGAUGCACCACAGAUCCAAGUGAACCCGGUGAGACAAAAUGUGAAGUGUGGGACUGGAAAUGUGACACUGCGGUGCUCUGUCAACAGUCCCUAUGAGGUUGAGCUUCUGGAAUCUCCUUCUGCAGGUCCAGGUAAUGUGAUCACAGCUCAGUUUCCAGUUCCUGCUGACUGUACAAACCAGGACACCAGGAAGUUCACCUGUCGAACAAAAACCAAUCCUGUAUUUGAAAAAGAAAUUGUACUGGAGCUUUCUGCAGAAGAAUUUGUAUGUUCACAUCCGGAAUUUGGUAAUGGAACUGUAGGUUUCAAAGCUGUAGCACAGUGCGAAGACAACAAGGUGGGAGAAAAGACAGCAGUUUGUAUGGCGAAUGGUAAAUUUGAAGAUCGACAAAACAACUGUGUUCUUCAACACAUCCAGGAUCUGCACGAGCAGUCUGAGGAUGUUCUGUUGACUGCAGGCAUUCUCACUAUAGACAAGGCAAGGGAAUCAUGGGACUUUAUAAAUGGCAAUGACACCAGAAACAGCUCAUCAAUGAGAAGUAACAGUCCCCCACCUGAAAGUGUCAGUUCAAUAUUAUUGCAGUCUUUGGAGACGAUAACACGGCGCCUUACCAAUGACACGUUCAACAUUGAGACACCUUCCAUUCUGUUGAACAAAACUACCUUCAACAACACUUUUAAUGCUCACUUUAACUCGUCAGUGGAGAUAAACAUAACAGAGCCUGAUGGAGGAAAUACAUCAAUCACUGUGUUAACCUUUGAGUCAAAGCAUAAUGUACUUCCUGCAAGAGACGAAGCCAACUCAUCUCUCAACAUUAUCAAUGGCAGAGUUGUACUUGUUCAGUCAAGUACCAACAUCAGUAACAUUUCUUUCACGUUUGACAUAAGAAACAAUAGCUUGGUGGAUCCAAAGUGUGUUUUCUGGAAUUUCAGCCUCUUCAGCGGUCUCGGAGGGUGGGAUGAUGAGGGCUGCAUGUUGGUACCCAACAACGACAAUGAAACUGUCACCUGCAACUGCAACCACUUGACCUCGUUCUCCAUCCUGAUGUCUCCCUACAGUCGAGAUGACCCUGGAUUGGCCAUUGUAACCUACAUUGGAGUUGGAAUAUCCAUGGUAUCCUUGGUCAUAUGUCUCAUCAUUGAAGCAGUCGUUUGGAGAAAAAUAAGAAAGAACAACACAUCCUACUUACGUCAUGUCUCCAUUGUUAACAUUGCAGUAUCCCUCCUUACCGCAAACAUUUGGUUUAUCAUUGGGGCAGCCAUUUCUGAUGCAGAGGAGAAAAACCCACCAGCUUGCUCUGCAGCUACCUUUUUUGUCCAUUUUUUCUACCUAGCCCUGUUCUUCUGGAUGCUAGCCUCAGCUUUGCUGUUGCUCUACCGUGCAGUCAGUGUAUUUGAAGGGGGGUUGUCUAAAAGAUCCAUGUUGGCUCUUGGAUUCUGCCUAGGCUAUGGGGCACCUCUCAUCAUUGCAACCAUAACCAUAGCUGUUACUGCAGCCAAAGGAACAUACAUUCGAGAUACUGGGGUCUGCUGGCUCAACUGGGAACCGUCCAGGACUCUACUAGCAUUUGUGAUCCCUGCACUGUUAAUAGUGGUGAUAAACUUCAUGAUCCUGCUUGUGGUGAUGUACAAAAUGUUGAGGAGAAGGGUUGCAGGGGACGCUACACAAGCAGGUGAGAAGCAUGUUCUUGUGGUGAUCGCCAGGAGUUUGGCUGUGCUCACACCAUUUUUUGGAUUAACUUGGAGUCUGGGAGUCGGAACUCUGGUUGACCCAAACAACACUGCAAUCCAUUAUUCAUUUGCAUUCUUCAACUCACUGCAGGGUUUCUUCAUAUUGGUGUUUGGAACACUUCUGGACAAAAAGGUAUGUGCAUCUCAAUAUUCAAAAUUUUAA